AUGGACGAAAAGAGGACAUCGAGGGAUCUCGCCCAGUCGACGCUCGAUGAGCACGCUUUACAGCCCGCCGAGUCGGGCCAGGGUCGGCGCCAAUCCGCAGCCUUAAAUUUGAUCGAGAACGUCCUCAAGCGCAAAUCCGAGGCCGACGCGGCUCACGAUGCCGAGGCCUUUGCCCAGUCGCACAACAUGCCCGAACACGCCCAGCUGUUUGGCCGAGCUGCCCUCGUAGCCCGCGAUCCCGAGAGAUUCGAGCUCAUUUCCCAGCUGUCCGACGAGGAGCGAGCCGCCCUCGUGUACGAGCGCGACCACAAGUGGCAUGGGCCGUUUAUGCUCUGGUACUCGAUUGCUCUUUGCGCCAUUGGGGCUGCUACCCAGGGAUGGGAUCAGACAGGCGCCAACGGAGCCAACCUGUCCUUUCCCAAAGAAUUCCACAUCGACAAGCAAGGCACAGACGAGUGGAUUGUAGGCUUGAUCAACUCCAUCAUCUUCCUUACUGCCGGUCUCAUCGGCGCCUUCAUCGUAGAUCCCCUCAACCACUAUCUCGGCCGACGAGGUGAAAUCUUCCUUACAGCCGCCUGUUUGACCGCCACGCCCAUCGGCUCCGCUUUCGCCAAGUCAUGGCAAGGCCUUUUUGCCGCACGAUUCGUCAUGGGCAUCGGCAUCGGCGCCAAGAAUGCCACCGUGCCAAUCUACUCGGCCGAGAUGGCACCAGCCAGGACUCGAGGCGCCCUUGUCAUGUUCUGGCAGCUCUGGGUCGUUGUCGGCAUCUUCUUGGGCUUUGCCGCCAACGUCAUUGUCAAGGAUGUCGGCGACAUCGCCUGGCGGUUGCAGUUUGGCUCCGCCUUCAUCCCGUCCUUUAUCCUCAUGGCCGGCAUCUUCUUUUGCCCAGAGUCCCCGCGUUGGCUCAUGAAGCACAAUCGACACGACCAGGGAUUCAAAUCCAUGCUUCGCCUGCGAGCCCAUCCAAUCAUUGCAGCAAGGGACUUUUACUACUCCUAUGUCAACUAUGAGGAAGAAAAGAAGAUUGCCGGUGGGUCUAGUUACUUCUCCCGUCUGUGGGAUUGCUUCGCCGUACCGAGAAUCCGACGAGCCAACUACGGCGCUUCUACGGUCAUGAUUGCGCAGCAAAUGUGUGGCAUCAACAUCAUUUCCUUCUACAGCUCGUCCAUCUUUGAGAGCGUCGGCUACUCUGCCACAGAGGCUCUGUAUGCUUCUCUCGGAUACGGCGCUAUCCAAGUCGUUUCCACCAUUCCGACUCUGUUCCUGAUAGACACUAAGGGACGACGAACCCUGACCAUGAUUACGUUCCCGCUCAUGUGCAUCUUCCUCUUGGCCGCGGGUCUUUCGCUCCUGCCCAACGGCGCCUACCAUAUUGCUCCCACAGAUCUGAACCAGAACCCAGCCGGCGACAUGAGAUCGCGGGGAGCGAGAAUAGGGCCCGUCGUGCUCUUCGUCUACCUGUUUACCAUUUGCUACUCUCUGGGAGAAGGUCCCGUCGCAUUCCAGUACUCGGCCGAAGUCUUCCCCACUAUUCAGCGUGAACAAGGCAUGGCUUGGGCCGUCUGCAUCAACAACACAUUUGCCGGCAUCCUCGGGUUGACCUUUCCCCGCAUGAAGACAGUCAUGACUGCCACGGGUGCUUUCGGUUUCUACGCUGGUCUCAACUUGAUAGCCUGGUUCAUGAUAUUCUGCUUCGUCCGCGAGACGAAGCAGCUCACUCUGGAGGAAAUAGACCAGGUCUUUUCCGUGCCAACCAAGAAGUUUAUUCACUACGAACUUACCGAGUGGCUACCAUGGUUCAUCAAGCGUUACGUCUUUAUGCAGAGAAUUCCGCGACCGCCACCCAUCAUCGAGAAGGCCGAGAGACCGGAUGCCGUCAAGGAAGCCUGA